AUGCGGGUCCCCUGGGCACCCUGGUCGCUGCUCUGGGCCAUGCUGCAGCUGAGCUGGUGGCCAGGAUGUCUCCUAGGUAUGCCCGGCCGCCCUCCACGCCCUCCGUCCCUCACCUUCUCCCCAGCCCAGGCCACAGUGCCUGAGGGGGCCAACGUCACCUUCACCUGCAGCUUCUCCAACACGUCCGAGCACUUCGUGCUGAACUGGUACCGCCUGAGCCCCAGCAACCAGAGGGACAAGCUGGCUGCCUUCCCCGAGGACCGCAGCCGGCAGCCACAGGACAGCCGCUUCCGCAUCACCCGGCUGCCGGACGGGAGCGGCUUCCACAUGAGCGGCAUCGGCGUCCGACGCAACGACAGCGGCAUCUACCUGUGCGGGGCCAUCUCCCUGCACCCGACGCAGAUCAAGGAGAGCCCCCAGGUGGAGCUCACGGUGACAGAGAGACUACUGGAGCCAUCCACAGCACAGCCCAGUCCCUCACCCAGGCCGCCAGGUCAGCUCCAAGGCCUGGUCAUUGGGGUCCCCAGUGUCCUGGUAGGCGUCCUGCUGCUGCUGCUGCUGGCCUGGGUUCUGGUGGCCACGUGCCCCAGGACAACACAAGAGGCUGAAGGACCCAAAAGCCAGGACCAGCCCCUGAAGGAGAAGCCUUCGGCCCUGCCAGGCUCCACCAUGGACUAUGGGGAGCUGGACUUCCAGUGGCGAGAGAAGACCCCAGAGCCCCCAGCUACCUCUGUCCCUGAACAGACCGAGUAUGCCACCAUCGUCUUCCCCGACGGGCUGGGCGCCUCGUCGCCUGGCCGCAGAGGCUCUACUGACUGCUUGCGGGGUCCGCGGCCUCUGAGGUCUGAGGACGGACACUGCUCUUGGCCCCUCUGA